CCUCCUGAGCUUUUCCACCAAUUUCUGUUCUUGUUUCUGAUUUAUAGCAGCCGCAGUUAUUUCGGUUCAAAUUUAAAAGAACAGCUUAAUGAUCUGGACAACAUUGAUUGCACAAAACAAUUCGUUUCCCGUUUGCGGUGUAAAUUAGCCGUUAGGUUUUUUGCUGCCUUUAUAAAACAAAGGCACUGCACUACUAACUGAUGUGUUUUACAACACGAAAGGCACUACCUAAAUGCGGUUGCUGGGCCCGCCGAAAGUAGCAUCUUCGCAACGUGAUCCGAGCGCCUGACGUCACGGGUGUUUCCACCAAUAGGCGUCAGGGAAGACGGUCCGUAACGGUCGCUGUGUUUGAAUUUGUUGGCGGUUACAGCGCGCGAUCGCUAACCGUCAGUAAGAGACCCCUUCCCCCACCCCACCACUCCCCACUCCCCACUAACGGAUACCGUUAUCGAGAGUCUCUCUUCCUUCACCGGCAACAGAUACCGCCACCGAUAGAUCCCUCUUCCCUCGUCGGAAAUCGUCACCGGGAACCGCCACCAAGAGUCUCCCCCAUCCCCCAUCCCCCACCGGGAGCCGCCACCGAGAGUCUUCCCCCUCCACCGGGAGCCGUCACCGAGGUAUCCUUUUCUCGCCCUCACGAUGGAGGUUUACCUGCAGCAGCACCGAAAAUACUACUACUAUCAGGAGCGCCUGGACACCUUUAAGAACUGGCCCUUCACCAAUGAUUGUGUGUGCACUCCGGAGAACAUGGCUGCUGCAGGUUUUAUUCACACCCCAAGUGAGAAUGGUCCUGAUGUUGCUCAGUGCUUCUUUUGCUACAAAGAGCUGGAAGGAUGGGAACCUCAAGACGAACCAUUAGUUGAACAUCAAAGCCAUUCUUCAAAGUGUGCUUUCAUCCUGUUGAAGAAGAAAUUUGAAGAUUUAACAACGGAAGAAUUUCUCAAGUUGGACAAGGAGAGAGUAAAGAAUAUCAUGAAGAAACAAGUCACCGAGAGAAUUGAGUCGUUUGAGCAAGAGGCAAAAGUUACAAGAAGCACAAUAGAAGACUUUGUUACUAAAGAUUGCUAGUGAUGCAAGAUAUUCUUUUAUAAAAAAGUGCUUUUCCAGAGAAAAAUCUGAUUAACUCAUUUGAGCUUUUGAAAGAAUCCUCAAAUUGAGGAUUAUGGCUAUGUAUUGUACAGCAUACUUUUAGAAUUGUCUGUUACCUUCUGGGAUGUUCCAUGUAAAAUGACUAGAUAAGUGAUUUCUUGUUAGAUUUGACUAAAGUAUUUAGAUCUUGAUUUUCUUUUCCUAUUCUGGUUAAAGUAAUCUCAUUGUAUUGUUAUCAAGUCAGGUCAUUGCUACGAGUGGAAAUGUUAAGAGGCUUAAGAAAGAAAUGUUCCAGAAGGAUAGGAUUCACUUUUGGGGUGAUGGCUUUUUCACUUUAUACAUUUAUCUUCAAUUUACAUUUAUAUCACCGCUUAAUACUGUUACACUUGUCCAGUGCAAAAGUAUCUAGCUAUUGAUCAGUCAUUUUAGGAUCUAUUGUCUUGUAGAAUAUAGUAGACUUGCACUCAAUAUGGAUGACUUGACUGUUUUGGAUCUUAAUGCAUUAAUGGUCUAAUUUUUGUAAACAUACUGUAUUUACAUCGUGAGUGGGUCUAUUCCUGAAUUUUCAAUUGAAUCAACUAUUUUCAGCAUGCUUGACAAGGAACUUGGCUUGAUGCGUAAAGAGCUAUAAGUGUUGCAGGCCUGUACUGUGGUUGACAAAAGAAUGAUUUAAACAUUUGCAGGUGUAAUUGAUGAUAACUCAGUCUUAUUGUCUGACUGUGUGGCUCGUUAGCUGAGUUGGUUAGAGUGUUGUACUAAUAAUGCCAAGGUCGCAGAUUCGAUCCCUGUGUGGGCCAGUAAAAAGUUUGCAGUGGUAGAAUCCCUGCCUUUGCAAGUCCAGGCUCAAGUCCUACCUUCUCCAGAGGUGUGUGAUAACAUCUGUGAAUAGUAUUUUUUUAAAAGUGACUGCAACAGUUAAAGCACAGACAUACUUGACUCUACUUACAGCCUAGACAGUCUUGGCUGUGUUUGAUUCAGGAAUUAAUUGAAAUGCAUGAUUAUUUUUCUUCCCAGAAAUGGUGAUUUGGUAACUCAUGGCACCAUCCUAAAUUAUGGCACAAUUGUCCUUGUCAAAGUCACUUUAUCCAUCUGUUUUUAUAUGUGAUGAUUCAAUCUUUAAAUAACAGUGGACUAAAUGCUGAGAUUGUUAAGAAGACACUGAUUCAAAUGUUUUUGAAAUUAAAUAAAACAAUUGAAAACUCCCUCCCUUUUUUGUUGUUGCGUAAGAGCCAACACAUGUGGGACAAAGUGAGUACGUGGAGUCAGGAUCUUGAUCAGCAAUGUUCUAACUGAAAGUUGGAACAGCCUAGAGCAGCUAAAUGGUCUACUAUUCCUUAAUAUUAUAUUCUCUGUCAGGUAUUCUUUUAUGUUAUUUCACUUGGAUUAUUCAGGCAGUCCUGGGGUUACGAAUGGGUCUGUUCUUGUGUAUGUUUGUCCAUUUGUGUGUAAGUUGGAACACAAUCGACUAAAAUGUAAAAUAGCUGGUUGUAAGUAUGAGGAAACAUUUGCAUGUUGGAUCUUUAAAAUUAAUACACUCCUGUAUGGGAUCUUGUUCAUAAGUACAAGCAUUCGUAUGUUGGGGCCUGCCUGGAGCAUUCUGGUAACUGCAUUAUGAUAGGUGCAGUGAUUUUAUCAUGUAACUUUACCACAAAAUAAAAAAGUUUUAAUGUGUUGCUUUGACAA